AUGAUAUACCAAGCCCGCGCCAUGGAGUGCCAGCAGGAGCCGCAGCCGCAGUACCCGCCGCCGGCCCCCGGCGACGUGGCCUCCUUCGACUACCUGGUGAUCGGGGGCGGCUCGGGAGGACUGGCCAGCGCGCGCCGGGCGGCGGAGCUGGGCGCCAGGGCCGCGAUAGUGGAGAGCCACAAGCUGGGCGGCACUUGCGUGAGUACCGGGCGGCUGCCUAAAUGGGUAAUGUGGAACACAGCUGUCCACUCUGAAUUUAUGCAUGAUCACGUUGAUUAUGGAUUUCAGAGCUGUGAAGGAAAAUUCAAUUGGCGUGUUAUAAAAGAAAAGCGAGAUGCCUAUGUGAGCCGGCUGAACACCAUCUAUCAAAAUAAUCUAACCAAGUCCCACAUAGAAAUCAUCCAUGGCCAUGCAGCAUUCACAGAUGGCCCCCAGCCCAUGGUUGAGGUCAAUGGGAAAAAAUACACCGCUCCUCACAUCCUGAUCGCCACAGGUGGCAAGCCCUCGCAUCCUGAUGAGAGCCAGAUCCCUGGUGCCAGCCUGGGAAUAACCAGUGAUGGAUUUUUUCAGCUAGAAGAACUGCCUGGCCGCAGUGUCAUCGUGGGUGCAGGCUACAUUGCUGUGGAGAUAGCUGGCAUCCUGUCUGCCCUCGGCUCCAAGACAUCACUCAUGAUACGGCACGAUAAGGUCCUUAGAAAUUUUGAUUCAAUGAUCAGUUCCAACUGCACGGAGGAGCUGCAGAAUGCUGGUGUGGAGGUCCUGAAGUACUCACAGGGGAUUAAAACUGAUGAGAAAGGUCAUAUCAUUGUAGAUGAAUUCCAGAAUACCAAUGUCAAGGGCAUCUAUGCAGUUGGAGACGUCUGUGGAAAAGCUCUUCUGACUCCAGUUGCAAUAGCUGCUGGCCGAAAACUUGCCCAUAGGCUUUUUGAAUGCAAAGAAGAUUCCAAAUUAAACUAUGACAACAUCCCCACUGUGGUCUUCAGCCACCCUCCUAUUGGGACAGUGGGACUCACAGAAGAUGAGGCUGUUCAUAAAUAUGGAAAAGACAAUGUGAAAAUCUACUCCACCACCUUUACCCCAAUGUACCACGCAGUGACCACAAGGAAAACAAAAUGUGUGAUGAAAAUGGUUUGUGCUAACAAAGAAGAAAAGGUGGUUGGGAUCCAUAUGCAGGGAAUUGGGUGUGAUGAAAUGCUGCAGGGCUUUGCUGUGGCAGUAAAAAUGGGAGCAACAAAGGCCGACUUCGACAACACGGUUGCCAUCCAUCCUACCUCUUCAGAAGAACUGGUCACACUCCGUUGAGAACCCAGAGACUUACAUGGCUCUCAGCUGGACCAGUAAACUUCUGAGAUGAACCAAAUGAUCCUCUUUGCUUCCUGUUCCAGUUUUAUAUAUUCCUUUAUUUCAAUCAGGAUCUUCUGACAGUGGAAAUUUUUAGUAAAGAAUGGAACAUAUUUAUGUGAUCAGAAUAUUUUUUUGUUAAUGUAGGGUUGAUUUUCAUUUGAUUUAUAUGUCACAAUAAUAAUAUGAAGCACAAUGUAAUAGUAUGAAGCACAAUGAAGUUAAUGUAUGUAUUUGUAUGACUGUAGCUUGCUGGUUUUUUAGACGGAGUUUCCUGAUCUAGCCAGGCUGGUUUCAGACUCAGUCCUCCUAUCUUGGCUUCCCUCUACCUUCCCACUGGGGCUUAAACUCAGAGCCUUGUGCUCGUUCAGCUCACUCAGCUGGCUUUCUACCAUUUGAGCUAUGACUCUAGGCCGCUUUUUGGUGGUUAAUUGGAGAUCGAGUGUUGAGGACUUUUAUGCCUUAGCUGAGUUGAACAUUGAUCCUUCAGGUCUCAGACUCCUUAGUAACUAGGAUUACAGGAGAAAGCCAUUGAUUGUUGCCUGUGUAUGUCCUGGUAUCUUGAGUACUGGAAUUACAGUCAUGAACCUACACCCCCAGCCCAGCCUGCUAGUUUUUCAAGUUGAAAAUGAUGGAAGCUCUUGAUACAUAAAUAUUUUAAUGCA